AUGCAGUGCCAACGGGAAUUAAAAGGCGCCAUUAUGCGAGACGGAUGGGUAUGGAAAAAAGGCGAGCACAUACGGAAUUGGAGGCUGAGAUACUUCGUGUUAAUGGACAACGGGUUGUUUUUGGGUUUUAAGAAAAUCGGCGAUUCACAUGUAAAUCAAAAUGCUUUUAACGUGAAAGGGUGCCACAUUUCGGUGGCUGAUGGAGUAAAGCAGUUUAAAUUCACCAUACGUUGUCUACAAGGAAGUUCUUUUAUUGAAAGAACAUUUUAUGUGGAAACUGAAAGUGAGCGGCAAGAAUGGGUGUCAGCUUUACAGUCAUUCUCAUCAAACCUGGACGCCAUCCACGACACUCCUUUUAAUUCAAAACGGGUGACACUUGCCGACUUCGAGUACCUCCAAGUAUUAGGCAGAGGAACAUUUGGCAAGGUGAUGCUGUGUAAAGACAAAUCGACAGAAAAACUUUACGCAAUGAAAAUUAUCAAGAAGGAAGCGAUCGCCACGAAGAACCAACAAAAUCGGACGUUGACCGAAAACAAAAUUUUAAAAUCCAUCAAUCAUCCGUUUCUGGCAUCACUAAAGUACUCAUUUCAAACGAGUCACCAUGUUUGCUUCGUAAUGGACUUCGUUCAGGGAGGCGAAAUCUUCUUUCACUUAAGGCAGCGUACAACAUUUUCAGAAAAUGAAGCUCGAUUUUACGGCGCGGAAAUUACCUCCGCUCUGUCAUACCUGCACUCGCUGAACAUUGUGUUCAGAGACAUCAAAUCGGAAAACUUGCUUUUGGACAGAAGCGGUCAUAUAAAAUUAGUCGACUUUGGACUUUGCAAAGACAACCUGGAUCAAGACGAGCGAACCAAGAGCUUUUGUGGUACUCCGGAGUACAUGGCGCCGGAGGUCAUACGCCGCUGUGCUUAUGGACGCUCGGUUGACUGGUGGAGCUUGGGAAUUGUCAUGUACGAAAUGAUGUGCGGAGAGUUACCGUUUUAUCAUUCGAACUACAAUAAUCUGUUUAGCCUAAUUUUAAUUAAGAAACCUAAAAUUCCUUCGAGACUUAGUAAGAAUGCCAGAGACCUUUUAACGAGUUUAUUACAAAAAAAUCCAGUGCAGCGCUUGGGAACAGGGAAAGGGGCGCAAGAAGUAAAAAAGCACCCCUUUUUCGACGAGAUAAAUUGGUUACAUUUGGAGGAGCGAAAGAUACCGCCGCCGUUUGUACCACAAAUCGAAGACGAAACUGACACCAGAUAUUUCGACUUGGAUACAGCCAGUGAUGCGACUUCGCUAACGCCACCUUCAUCCGUUGCAAAUUUUGACGAUGAAAUGCUGUUUCGAAGAUUUUCGUUUAGAGACAAACGCGAUUGA